AUGCAACUUGUCACCGGCGCGAUGACUUCCCUCCCCUCCUAUUUCUUCGUCGCUGUGCUUCUGGUGACCACGGUGGCAGCACACUCUCACAUCGACUAUGUCACUGUUAACGGCCUCAUGUAUCCCGGUUUCAUCCCCAGGCUGGGGGCAGACAACGCACCCGAGACCGUAGGCUGGUCCCAGACCGCCCUGGACGACGGAUUCGUGCCUCCCUCCAACUACACCUCACCCGACAUAAUCUGCCACAAGGACGGCUCUCCAGCAAGAGCACACGUCCCAGUCUCCCCCGGCGACGUAAUCCACAUGCAGUGGAACGGCUGGCCGGCAUCCCACGUCGGGCCCAUCCUCUCAUACCUAGCGCCCUGCGACUCGACCAACACCAACAACAGCGACGGCUGCGCGAGUGUCGACAAGACAAAGCUGGAGUUCACAAAGAUCGACGACGCUGCGCCCGUCUUCUUCAACGAAAGUGGGGGCCCGCCCGGGUUCUGGUCCACCAACACGCUCAUCGCCAGCAACAACAGCUGGCUGGUCGGGCUGCCGACCACGCUGAGCCCGGGGGCAUAUGUGCUGCGCCACGAGCUGAUUGCCCUGCACUACGCGAACAGGACGGAUGGGGCGCAGAACUACCCCCAGUGUGUGAAUCUAUGGGUGACGGCAGCCGGGGCAGGGAAGGGCGCUGCCGUCAGGUCACCGCGCAAAAGAGGGACAGUGGGCAACGCUUUGGACAGGAGGGGAAAGGGACGCCUCGCGACUGAGAUGUACCACGCGGACGACCCGGGCAUCAAAAUUGACAUCUACAGAAAUUUGACGACGUACCAGAUCCCAGGCCCUACACUUGCCAGCAACGCGAAGCCUGUCCCUGUGGCGAGCCAGUCAAAUAUGUUGGCGCAGGCAGCGGGAACACCUGUGUUGGUGUCGGGAACCACGGCCGUUCCUUUCCCAAAGGCUACAGGGAGGUCUUGA